CUGCAGCAUUUCGCGCCCUCGCGCCGCUCCCCUCCCCGUCUGCACUCAUUUCCAUAUCCCGCGAUGGUGGCCAAUCAGGGCUCGCCUCUCUCGAAGCGGAUGGCUUUUGCCUGAGAGGAAAGGGAGUGGCUGGCGGCGCAUGCGCGGCGGUGGCUGACUUGAACCGAGGCUUUUAUUGCUGUAGUUUAUUUCCACCCCCUUUCCUCCUGUUCUCUCUCUCUUUCUUUUUUUUCCGCCCUAGCUGGGGCUGUGUUGGAGGGGAGGAAGAAAGAGAGACUGAGGAUUGCAUUUAUCCUUUACAUUCCUGAAAUUUGCUAUCAGCAAGGACCAACUGAGCGGUUGCACCGUUUUCAAUCCUGCAAAAAAAAAAAAAAAAUACAAAGUCUCUUUCCUGGCAAUUUUUGCGUUAAAACUGCCCUCGUGAAAUUAUCUUUUUCCCGGGAGAGAGAUGUCUUAUCAGGGGAAGAAAAAUAUUCCACGCAUCACGAGUGAUCGUCUUCUGAUCAAAGGAGGUAAAAUUGUUAAUGAUGACCAGUCAUUCUAUGCAGACAUCUACAUGGAAGAUGGGUUGAUCAAGCAAAUAGGAGAAAACCUGAUCGUGCCGGGAGGGGUGAAGACUAUCGAAGCCCAUUCCCGGAUGGUGAUCCCUGGAGGGAUUGAUGUCCAUACCCGCUUCCAGAUGCCCGAGCAGGGGAUGACCUCUGCUGAUGACUUCUUUCAAGGCACCAAGGCAGCGCUGGCUGGGGGAACCACCAUGAUCAUUGAUCAUGUCAUUCCUGAGCCUGGGACAAGCCUCCUGGCCGCCUUCGACCAGUGGAGGGAAUGGGCCGACAGCAAGUCCUGCUGCGACUACUCCCUGCACGUGGACAUCACCGAGUGGCAUAAGGGCAUCCAGGAGGAGAUGGAGGCCUUGGUGAAGGACCACGGGGUGAAUUCCUUCCUUGUGUACAUGGCUUUCAAAGAUCGCUUCCAGCUAACAGACUCCCAGAUCUAUGAGGUACUGAGCGUGAUCCGGGAUAUCGGCGCAAUUGCCCAAGUCCAUGCAGAGAACGGCGACAUCAUUGCAGAGGAACAGCAGAGAAUCCUGGAUCUGGGCAUCACAGGCCCCGAGGGACAUGUGCUGAGCCGCCCUGAGGAGGUUGAGGCCGAAGCUGUGAAUCGUUCUAUCACCAUCGCCAACCAGACCAACUGCCCUCUGUACAUCACCAAGGUGAUGAGCAAGAGUGCGGCGGAAGUCAUCGCCCAGGCCCGGAAAAAGGGAACCGUGGUGUACGGCGAGCCCGUCACUGCCAGCUUGGGAACGGACGGGUCUCACUACUGGAGCAAGAACUGGGCCAAGGCCGCAGCCUUUGUCACCUCCCCGCCCCUGAGUCCCGACCCGACCACUCCGGACUUCCUGAACUCCUUGCUGUCCUGUGGAGAUCUCCAGGUCACUGGGAGUGCCCACUGUACUUUCAACACUGCCCAGAAAGCUGUAGGAAAGGACAACUUCACCCUGAUCCCCGAAGGCACCAACGGCACCGAGGAGCGGAUGUCCAUCAUCUGGGACAAGGCAGUGGUCACUGGGAAGAUGGACGAGAACCAGUUUGUGGCAGUGACCAGCACCAAUGCGGCCAAAGUCUUCAACCUUUACCCCCGGAAAGGCCGCAUUGCUGUGGGCUCUGAUGCUGACCUGGUCAUCUGGGAUCCUGACAGCGUUAAAACCAUCUCUGCCAAGACCCACAACAGUGCGCUCGAGUACAACAUCUUCGAAGGCAUGGAGUGCCGUGGCUCUCCGCUGGUGGUCAUCAGCCAGGGGAAGAUUGUCCUGGAGGACGGCACUCUCCAUGUCACCGAGGGCUCUGGGCGCUACAUCCCCCGGAAGCCCUUCCCUGAUUUUGUUUACAAGCGGAUCAAGGCAAGGAGCAGGCUGGCAGAGCUGAGGGGGGUUCCUCGAGGCCUGUACGAUGGACCUGUGUGUGAGGUGUCUGUGACACCCAAGACAGUCACUCCAGCAUCCUCCGCUAAGACCUCUCCUGCCAAGCAGCAGGCCCCACCUGUCCGGAACCUGCACCAGUCUGGAUUCAGCUUGUCUGGCGCGCAGAUCGACGACAACAUCCCCCGCCGUACCACCCAGCGCAUCGUGGCGCCCCCUGGUGGCCGUGCCAACAUCACCAGCCUGGGCUAGAGCUCCCGGGUGCACUCCGUUGGGGAUGGGGUCGGGACACCUGAGGACAUUCUGAGACUUUCUUCCUUCCUUUUUUUUUUUUUUUUAAAGAGCCUGUGAUAGUUACUGUGGGGCAGCCAGUUCAUGGGGCUCCCUCUUGGGUCCCCGUACUCCAUCUCUCACCUGGAGUCACUGAUUUUGCUCACCCACUUCCCUAUACAUUUAGGAAUAUCACACCCAAGUCCAUCCACCAACCCCAUCCGCGAAACCGCAUCCAACACUCAGACAUGCGAAA